AUGUCACCACAUUUCUCUGAUUUUAAUAAUGAAGACGUGGUUGUUACGACUGGAGAGCUGGCACGUCAUUCAUCAACAACUGCGGUUAAAAUGAACAAAGAUUUUACAAAAUCUGCGCUUGCGACAAAAGCCCAUUUGAACGCUGCAUUGAAAAGAAUGUCAUACAUUCCCUCCAAAAAGUUAAAAACUACACUUCGUGAAGUUAAAAAAGGUGGAAUUAAGGCAUUGUUAGAAGGAUUUGGCCUAGUGAUAUCAAUGAUCAAAAAUAUUGAAGCGAUGAUCAUUGAGUACAGUAGAACACCUCCUAAUAACAUGCAUGAUAUUAAGAAUGGGAAAAAGAAGAAUAAGAUUGCUGCUAUGAGCAAUAUUGAUGAGUAUAUCUCUGCCGUUAUACAAUUUUCCAAAGAAGAACAAGAAGACGAAGAUGAAGAAGAUGGUGAAUAA